AUGACUUAAUUUUUUCCACAUGAAAAGUUUUCGUUUUCCAAAAUUUGGUUAUUGGCUGCAGAGUUUGAAAUAAGGCAACUCAACAUGAAAGCUUCUAGACAAAUCCUUGGAAACGCCAUUGGAAGAUGCCCGAAACACAAAAUAUUCAAGAAGUACAUCGAGAUAGAACUAAACCUUGGAAACAUUGAUCGUUGUCGAAAGCUAUAUGAAAAGUAUUUGGAAUGGUCCCCCGAGAAUUGCUACGGUUGGAUAAAGUAUGCAGAGCUAGAGAAAGACCUAACUGAAACCGAGAGGGCUAGAGCUAUCUUUGAGCUUGCAAUUGCUCAACCAGCUCUCGAUAUGCCUGAAGCUCUAUGGAAGAAAUACAUUGACUAUGAAAUAUCAUAAUCAGAAUUUCAAAGAGCUAGAAAAAUACGUAGAGACUUUUGGAUAGAACAAAGCAUGUUAAGGUUUGGAUUAAUUAUGCUGAAUUUGAGGCGUGUGCUGAG